AGCUCCCACAGCGGAGAGCGGCUCUCUCCCUCCGAUCCCCGCGUGUGCUGUCCCGCAGGGUGCUCUUCCUCUGAAGUUCGCCGGUCCUUGGCUGCCUGCUUUCCCGCGGCGGCGAUGCGCUCCCUGCUGUACUGGCUGGCCUUGGCUCUGUGGCUGUCCAUGUCGUGGGCUGCCCGGGCCCCUUACCAGCAGAUCCUGCAUCACAGCCGCAUCCGGGGAAGGCAUCAAGGUCCCAAUGUGUGUGCUGUGCUGAAGGUGAUUGGAACAAACAGUAAAUACUUGCCAAACUGCAAACUUUGGUACCAAAGGAAAAUCUGUGGCAAAUCGACAGUGAUUGCCUAUGAAUGCUGUCCAGGAUAUGAAGAAGUUCCUGGAGAGAAAGGCUGCCCAGCUGCAUUGCCACUUUCAAACCUUUAUGAGACCCUUGGAAUUGUUGGAGCCACUACCACUCAACUCUAUUCUGCCAGCUCUAACCUGAGUGCUGAAAUCACAAGCCCCGGGAGCUACACAAUCUUUGCCCCAACCAAUGAGGCCUGGGCAUCAUUGCCUGCUGAAAUGUUAGAUUCGUUGGUGAGUAAUGUAAAUAUUGAGCUGCUGAAUGCUCUUCGCUACCACAUGGUGAAUAAGCGAGUCUUAACUGAUGAGUUGAAGCAUGGAACAUCUCUCCCUUCGAUGUACCAGAAUAUCGAUAUCCAGAUCCACCAUUAUCCAAAUGGAAUUGUAACAGUGAACUGUGCUAGGUUAUUGAAGGCUGACCAUCAUGCCACCAAUGGAGUUGUCCAUCUCAUUGACAAAGUCAUUUCUACAACAACAAAUAAUAUCCUGCAGAUAGUUGAGGUUGAAGAAGAUCUAGAAACCCUUUUGACUGCUGUGACAGCAGCUGGUCUGAACAGCCUUUUAGAAAAAGAAGGCCAGUAUACAUUGUUAGCUCCAACCAAUGAAGCCUUUGAGAAGAUCCCACAAGAAACUUUAAACAGGAUCCUGAGAGACCCAGAAGCUUUAAAAGACCUGUUGAGCAAUCACAUCUUGAAAUCAGCCAUGUGUGCUGAAGCUAUUAUUGCCGGUUUAUCUAUGGAAACAUUAGAAGGCAACAUGUUGGAAAUUGGCUGUAAUGGGGAUGAACUGACCCUCAAUGGGAGACCUAUCAUUGCUAACAAGGAUGUCAUGGCUACCAAUGGAGUGAUACACUUUGUCAAUGAAUUGCUCAUCCCAGACUCAGUUAAAAAUUUGUUGGAGUUGGGUAGGGAGUCUGAUGUUUCAACGUCUAUUGAACUUUUUCAACGAGCUGGUCUUGGUUCUCAUCUCACUGGAAAUGAGCGACUGACCCUCUUGGUGCCCAUUAACUCAUACUACAAAGGUCGGACUCCUUCUGCAGAUCGGAACUUACUCCGGGAUCACAUCAUUAAACAGCAGCUUUCCUCAAAGUACCUUUUCCAUGGACAGAAGCUGGAAACUCUGAGUGGCAAAGAGCUGAGAGUAUUUGUAUACCGCAAUAAUCUCUGUAUUGAAAAUGCCUGCAUUGCUGCCCAUGACAAGCGAGGGAGAUUUGGUACCUUGUUUGCUGUUGACAAGAUGGUGACUCCCCCAAUUGGAACUGUGAUGGACGUACUUAAGGCAGAUGAUCGUUUCAGUACCCUUGUAGCAGCCAUCCAGUCUGCAGGUCUUACAGAGAUGCUGAAUAGACCACGGUCCUUCACAGUAUUUGCACCAACCAAUGAAGCUUUCCGAGCCAUGUCACAAAGGGAGCUGAACAAACUCAUGGGUAAUGCAAAAGAACUUGCCAACAUUCUGAAAUACCACAUUGGGGAGGAAAUACUGGUCAGCGGGGCAGUUGGGGCUGCUGUAAGAAUCAAGUCUCUGCAGGGUGAUAAACUAGAAGUCAGCUCUAAAAAUGAUGAUAUAUAUAUCAACAAGGAGCCUGUUGCUGAAGCUGAUAUUAUGGCCACUAAUGGUGUGAUUUAUGCAGUGAACACUGUUUUACAGCCACCAGCUUCUAAAGCUAAUGAAAGGGGUGAUGAGCCUGCUGACCCUGCACUGGAAAUCUUCAGGCAUGCUCCUGCAUUUUCCUUUAGUCUAGCAAAUGGAAAUCGUCUAUCUCCUACAUAUUCACAAUUGUUAAAAAGAAUGAAGGAGCAACAAGAAAGGCGACAGCAGCAACAGCAGCAGCAGUGAAAUGGCCACAAUUCUGCUUUGAAAACACAACCAAGGAUUCAGCUAGCUUUGGCUACUGGGUUGCUGGCGGGAAGGACUCCGUUUUAAAACAAAACCAAAAACUGUUGUCAUAAUGUGUUACACAAAGGCUAUCUUUUUCCCAAAUGAGAAUGAAGGAGAGAAAAUAAAAGCCAUUCACAUACAUAUAUAUCUAAACUCUUGUUUAAUAAACUUAAUGUUCGCAACUUUAGUUGAUAAUUUGGGGAGCCUCAAAUAGGUCACAUGUCCAGAUGGACGAGAACAAUGACCACCACCAAACAUCACAUUUAAAUCUAUAUCUCACCGGAUAAUGCUUAAAAGAUUUUAAGGAUUUUUUUUUGUGCUGUCAGGAAUUGAACACUGAGGUAUGGUAGGUCCUUCUAGCCCAACGCCAUCUCCUCUGGCAGGCAGGGGAUCUCCAUGUUUUCUGGGUUAGGUUUUUCUCAUCUGUUCUGGCAGAUCUGUCUUCCUGACCAUUGUGCCUUGGACUUCCCACACAUUAUGUCUCUGGGAUGUCCCUAUACGUGAUGAUUUUCUAAGUUUUUUGCCACAGUGUCUUAUGAUAAAUUUGAGACUUUGGUUGCAGAAACAGAAUUAAGUGAGCAUCCUAUUUGGUUUUCCCUUUUCUGCUCAAUGUUGCUCCCAAGAAUCCCUGUGUGUUAGGCUGACAAGGUGAUUGUGGCAGCUGUAGUUCAAAAAUAGGUUCCCACUCUCAAGCUAUGUUUUGUACACAAUCAAGAAAGUGCAGUCAUUCAGAUGGAACCUGCCCUUUUGCACACUCCCACUUUGAAAACCAAUUUUGGAGGAACCCUAAAUCAUCCUUGAGAGCCAGCAGGCUCAUAGGUCCAUUUUCAGUGGUGCUAACACUAUAGGAGCUUCCUAUUUCAGAGAAAUUUGCUGUGAAAUAUUUUUUUGAGGAGAGCUAAAAUGCCCACCUGGGAUUCACUUCCAUAUAAUGAGCCUGUACUUGUACCUUGGUGCUGAAGACUAUAUAUUUUUGUAUCACAUAAUGAAGACAUGUCAUUUCAGAAAGGAUCAUUUGGCCCUCCAGAUGUUUGGGACUUCAGCUCCCAUCAGCUCCAGCCAGCAUGGUCAGUGGAGAGAGAUUGUGGAAGUUGUAGUCCCAUAACACCCGAGGGUCAAGAGGUUCCACAGCUAUACUUCAGACUAACCACCCAGCUUUACAGACCUUUCACAAUUUCUUGCUUGACGUUUGUAACCCAUCACCAUUAUCUUUUCCUGUUGUGGUUCAGGGGAGUAGAAUUGGCAACAAACUGAAUAGCAAUGCCAAUUUUUAUUGUUUUUCCCUCGCAUUGGACAUGCUUGUACAGACACAUGUUGAAGAAAAUUUGUGUAUUUAAAGAGUUUAACUCGUGCCUUCAAUUAAACUGCAGUUUCUUAAGUUGCAAUUCAAAGAGCUCCACGAUCAGCAUUAUAGAUAACCCUAAAUUUAGAAACACUAAAUUUCAAAGGGUCUUCACAACAUCAUAUGGGUAAUAGCUGCCAGAAGCUGCCUGAGCAUCAGGGAAUUAUCACACAUAUUGAAUUGUGGCCCAGGAUCAGGAAAAGUUACUUUUGCCAGAUUAUGGCUCACACAAUGUUCCAUGACUGCCAGCAAUGCUGUUGGAAGAUUCUGGAAACUGCAAUACAACAAUGUAACUGACCUAUUGUGGCCUAUGAUCUUAAAAGUCCUUACUGGCAGUUUCUGAACUCUACAAUUUGUAUAUGUCAGAAAGAACAUGUGUUUUUUAUUUUCUUCCUGCCUGUGCUUAGAAAACCUUCUGUGCACUUCUCUGUUUUAACUUUUUUUAAAGCCUCAUUGUUGAUAUUAGGAAAUUUGCAUGGUAUAAGCAAAGGUUUGAUCAGUGCUGUCAAUUAGCUUUUGUUUACACAUAUGGUUCUAACUUUAAUAUCUUUUGUUUUUCCUGAGUCUGAAAAUACACCCCCUUUGUAAUGUGGUCACAGUUUCUCUCCCUCAUCAAGACCAGCAAAUAAACCAUUCAUUUGUAAUAAAACUUGGCCUUUAUUUUAAA